ACCAAACCUUCUCACCCCAUCUCCUCAUCACUCCUCUCACCAUUCACUUUCUCUUCCAAACUUUUCAUUCAGACAUUUCAUCAAACACUUUCAUAUUUUCAUUCAGACAUUUCAUCAAACACUUUUCCAAAAUGGCCAAACUUGGAAAAUUAACAAAACUAAAAUCAGCUAUUAAAAGAUGGCCAUCAUUAACCAAACUCAGUCGCAACAAUAGCUCUGUCUCUGCCACCUGCAAGAACCAGGAACAAGAACAUGACCUUCAUGCUGUUUAUGUUGGAAAAUCGCGUCGGCGUUACCUUGUAAACUCUGAAGUUAUUCAACAUCCUGUUUUUCAGGAGCUAGUGGACAAGUCUUGUUGUAGUGGUAGUGGUGGUUGUGAUGAUGGUGUUGUGGUUGUUACUUGUGAGGUUGUUUUGUUUGAACAUUUGUUGUGGAUGCUUGAAAGUGCUGAAAGUGAAACAGCACAAUUGGGGUCAAUGGAUGAGUUGGUUGAGUUCUACAAUUGUGCAUGUUGAUUUCAUUGAUUGAUCAUUCAAGUUAUGGAAUUCAUUAUGAUGUUUUGCUGACAAAAUUAGUUAGCUGUAGUAGUAAGUAACUGACUUCAAUUGUUUUGUUUUCUUAUGUUGAUUAAGAAAAAAAAUUAAAAUCAAGGGUGAAUUGGUCAUUUGAGAUUGAUUAAAUGUAUUUAAGAGGAUUGCUAUAUAUGAUAUUAUAUUAUAUUAU